GAAAAAGAAAAUAAUAUUUAGAUAAUCUAGAAUCUAGAUCAAGAUUGACAUCUUUGACCAUUUUAUUCUUUUUGUUAAUUUUCUGAAAUAUCUAUAAUUGAAGGUUUGGGGGCCAAGUGAGUGAGGAUAGCCAUAGAGGUAGUCUAAUUAUUUCUGUGUAGUACAAAGACUCAAGUGAAAGAGGCCGGGUUGAAGUUUGUACGCUAUGCGUAACGAUCCCGUGACCAUCAUCUUGUCUAGUCAUGUGACACCCGCAGCAGUCGCAGGAAUAGAAGCUUCAUUUUCGGUGUUUGUGGGGCUUACAUUACUCUGUCUUUGUUGUUACCGAUAAAUACAGCUUCCGUGUUUCGGUGCUGGCUGUAAGUCAAAAACUGGUUAAACAGACAUCAUGCAUGUGCUUGCUUCAGCCAGCGUGCUCCUCUUGGCAGUGAGCAGCGUGUACUGCAACCUCCUGAGGAUCCCCCUCCACAAAACGAAAAGUGCCAGACAGACGCUGGCAGAACAUCAGAACAAUGUGCAGGUCUUGAUGCAGAAGUAUAAGGCGACCAACCGUGUCGACAAAACAGGCUUCGAACCUCUCACCAAUUAUUUAGACGCUCAGUACUUCGGUGUGAUCGGGCUGGGCACGCCGCCCCAGCAGUUCAAGGUCGUCUUUGACACCGGGUCCUCCAACCUGUGGGUGCCUUCCAAGAAGUGCAAGUGGACGGACAUUGCGUGCUUGCUGCACAACAAGUACGACAGUACCAAGUCGAGCACGUACAAGGCCAACGGCACAGACUUCUCCAUCCGCUACGGCAGCGGUAGCCUCACGGGCUUCCUCAGCACCGACACGCUCACGGUGUCGGGUCUGUCGGUGAAGAGCCAGACAUUCGCAGAGGCGACGUCUCAGCCCGGGAUUACUUUUGUGGCGGCCAAGUUUGACGGGAUCCUGGGUCUGGGCUUCGACACGAUCUCCGUGGACAGAGUUGUCCCCCCGUUCUACCUGAUGGUGCAGCAGAAGCUGGUGGCCAAGCCCGUGUUUUCCUUCUACUUGAGCAGAGAUCCCAAUGCCACGGAAGGAGGGGAGCUUGUGUUUGGGGGCAGCGACCCAUCGUUGUACGAGGGAAACUUCACCUACGUCCCGGUCACACGCAAAGGGUACUGGCAGUUCAAGAUGGACGGAAUGACAGUGGGGAGCACCAAGUUCUGCAGCGGGGGAUGUAACGCCAUCGCAGACACGGGCACCUCUCUCCUGGCCGGCCCCACGGCGGAGGUGGAGAAGAUCAACGCUCUGAUUGGUGCCACCAAGUUUGUGGGAGGGGAGUACCUAGUGGUGUGUGCCAACAUCCCCAAGAUGCCCAACAUCACCAUCAGUGUCGGAGGUCGGCCGUUUGUGCUCACCCCAGAGGAGUACGUGCUCAAGAUCACGGUGAUGGGUCAGUCCCAGUGUCUGAGCGGUUUCAUCGGGCUGGACGUCCCGCCGCCCGCCGGGCCCCUGUGGAUCCUGGGAGACGUGUUCAUCGGGCCGUACUACACCGAGUUUGACAUGGCCAACGCUCGGGUGGGGUUCGCUCCGACCAAAGCCGCCGGGAACAGGAAGUCAGCUCCGAAUGGCGAUGUCGUGGACAACACCCUGCGGUAUUUGGGCUUCAGGGAAAGCAGGAAGGACGUCUUUCGAAUGAAUGUUGGGGAGUGAGCGGAGGCUUAUAGUGUGCAGCUCAGAGGAAGCUAGUCCUUGAGGCUUUACCAUAGCGAACGAGAAAGAAGGUCUGGUGGUCCGAAUGAGUUUCUCGCUAGCUUUUUACUUUUUUUUCCAUACAUGUUUUCGUGGGUCUGAGGGGAGGCUGUAGUGAUAUACAAAUUUUUAAAGGUAAAAUUGCUUUCACUUAUGGCACCUUUAUUUUGUUUCACUGAUAGAGUUAAAAGUUUACUUUUGGGCUUUUUCUAUUAAACUUUUUCGUUUUUAUUUCACGCCGGUAGUUUUUUUUUUUUAAUGAGAUACUCAGGUGGAGUCUUGAAGGUCUAUGGUUUGAGCCCACAUAGUUGCAAUAAUUGGAAGGUUUUGAUUAAAUGAUGAGCACUAUAUAAAGCUUUAUUUUUUCCCGCUAGUUUCCCUGAAUGAGCGUUGUGUGUUAAUGAAGCAUCACCAAAAGGGGCCGAGACUGGCUUCAGUUUGUUUACUCUUCAGUAUUUCACUUGAUCAGAAUGUCAAAUCCUUCAAAAAGUUUUGAAUUGUUUGGCACGCAAAGAUUGUGCAAUACUUCUUUCAAUAAAAAAUCUGGGGUAACAAUACAGGCUGUUAGCCGGUACUGCGUUGCCAAAACUUGUGCUGGUGAGUUGUCUUUCACUUUUCGCUCGGCCGGGGGGACCAAGAUUGUCGGCUGCCAGAGUUUGUAGGUCUUUUAGCUUUUAGUGUGACGUGACUCAUGCCUCCCCGUGUCUGUGUCGAGAUAUGGCAGUGUGUCUGAGAGUGGUCGAAAGUACAGUAAAAAGUACGAUAGUGGACGCUUGUGACUUGUGUCUAAAUUUCCAGCAGGAGAAUUUGUUGCGUGGGACAUUCCCGGGACCUUCUUGUGUUUCGCUGUUUCUUCUUAAUAAUCUUAAGCCUUUUUAUGUGUGUGUGUGUGUGUGUCUGACAGCUUUCUGUGUACGGAGCUUUAUGUUGGAACUUUGCAGAUAUAAUAUUAUAUAAUACUAUCAUGAUAUACUCUAGUAGCCUCUUCAGAAAUGAUAGAUUAGAAACUAACAUUAUUUAGUAAUAAGUAAGUGGUAUAAGAAUUGUUUGAAGACGCUGGGUGUUUUUUUUAGUGUUUGCGAGUCUGAGAGUGGUCAAAAGUAGUGGACACUUGUGUUGUUUUUUUCUCGAGGAGCAUAAACUUAUUUUCUUAUUUUCCCCCAUUUUGAUUCUCAGAAAAGGAAAAAGAGUUUGUGUUGAAAGAGAAGAGUUUCUAUUCCUGGCUCUUGUUUCAUGUUGCCACAGCGCUGUUUCUUUCCCCACGCUUUUCUCACCUCAAAGCAGCUGAUGUGAAUUUUUUUUUUUUUAGUUUAUUUUUGUUUAAAAUUUAUCUGUGCGUUAUGUUUUUUGUCUUAUCAAUUUCAUUAUCCCCAUCUUUUUGUCUGGGGUUUUUGGGGGGGGGGUUUGUGUGUUUGAAGGGCUUUUUGGGGGGGGGGGGGGGUUUAGCGGGGAUGGGGAAGGUCUGUGGACAGCUGUUACUGCGUGUUUCGCCCUCAUACUGAUCUGUCUUAGGUUCAGUUUCCGUCAGGUGGGACAGGGAAAUCGGGGUGAGAAAUAUCACAAUCUUCAUUUACAAAUGGACUUUUUCUCUUGAACUUUUAGAUUUUUAUGUGAAAUAUUUUUAGAAUGUGUUUUGUAUGAUUUUUUCUUUUUUACAUUUGUUACUUUCUCUGUUCAUUGAUCUUUGAUCUUCUGUUCAAUAGAUUCUGAAUUUAAUUGAAAUCUCAUGAAAUGUUAGGAGGGGGGUGGCUGGGUUUUUAAAGUUGUCAUAGCCAUUUUGCCCAGGCUGUUUUCCCUUCGUUGUUUCUGUUUCCAUUUCGAAAUUUUCUCAAGUUUUCUAAAUGAUGUUAACCAUUUUUUUGUGAUGGUUGACCAAUUUGUUCUGCCAUAGAUCUGUGCUUUCAUCUCGCUGGCCUGCUUGUAUUGCUGGUGUGCACAUUUGAUUAAACUCAGCAAUGCCAGCUCUUAAAUGUUUUGAGGUUCCUCAAGGCUCUUAACUUUUUUUCGUUUGAUGUUUUGUAUUUGUUCCUUUUGUUGUUUGGUUUUGAUGUGUUGUUGGCCUGUUUGUUAUUUGAUGUGCUUGUUGUACAAUUAUUCUUAUAGUAUUAAAAAGAUUUUGUCACCUCA